GACGUCACUAAUCUUGUUUUUUGACCCCUUGCUCAGAGGAGACCGCGGUUUAUUAUUAUUUAUGGCAAUCCAUGUAUGAGCGAUUGGGCACCACCUUCACCUUCACACUUUUGUACCAUGUCUGGUUCGACAGCUAAAUACAUGUGGUGUUCUUGCCGCACCUAUAAGAUUGAGGCCAAAGACACCCACGAUAAGUGUUUACUCUGCUUGGGAAUUCAGCAUGCCAAAGAGGCAGUUUUGGAGUACGGAAAAUGCCCCCACUGUGCCAAAAUGGACUGGAACACGUGUAUCAAGCGCCUCACCAAGGUGCAGGAGGUAAUCCAUCUGGAGGCCCAACAGAGAAAAACGGAGGAAACCCAGACUGGAGUCCGGGCAAAUUCUGAACCAGUGGCAGUGACCACGAGAGUUAAUAAGGUUCAAACAGAGAAGGUGGCAUCUGCUGCACUGACCGCAUCGCAGGCCGAAAUGACAUCUCCUCCUUCAUCUUCGUCUGCUGUACCCGCCAUGACCCUAUUCUCGUCGUCUCCAGGCGUAUCAGAGAAUGACGCCGCUUUGCUGAAGGGCGAUUUUGUUCCACAGGCUUCCCUGCAGCAAACAGCAGACCAGGCUCCAUCCGGUGAGCAUGAGAAGUCUGCAUGUCCUGUUCCUUUUACUUCUCACAAGAAACACCGUUCAUCUAGGUGCACCUCAUGCAGAAGGAGGCAUUGCAGGAGCUGCUGUUGCAAGAAGAAACGUUCACCAUCGUCAUCCUGUUCUUCGUCCAGGAGUUCGUCUGAAUGCUUGUCUGAGCCUCUUAAAGAGAAGAGGGCAAAGCGGGAAUCUAGGAAGUCUGCAGAGAUGGGAAGGCAACAUUGGCAACUGCUGGACUUCGUGCAUCAGAAACUGGAAACCCAGCAGAGGGCCAUGCAAGUACAGUGGAGUACACUGGAGAAUAGGCUAAAUGCCUUAGAGAGGAAAGGUAUUUCAGAUGUUCUUGCUAAUCCAGAUCCUGCAGAAAACGUUUUGACCAUAUCUCAAGGACAACAGACUGGUCCAGUGACCCAUUUUGCUGGAACCGGAUGUGUUGUCGCUUCAGUUGUAGUAAAACAAGAAGACAGGUCUAGAGAUAUUCCAUGUUUUUCACUUCAUGGUGAAGGAGGUGCCUCUCUUCACCCAGGUAUCAAUGAGGCACCAAGGAAAGACGUACUCGUUUCCAAGGACCUGCAAGAUCUCAUCAUACGUGCAGCCAAACAUCUUGGUGUGGAAUUUCCCAGAUCACCAAACGGUGACCCAUUACAUCCAAUCAUGAAGCCGGAGUUUGAAGAGUUUGUUCAGUUUUCGUGGUCCAGUCCUGCAAACUCAAAAGCUUUCAGCACAGAGUUAUCUGACUUGUACAAGCUCCACGAGCGCCAGUCUCCAGCUUACGACCACAUGCCUAAAGUCAACAAGUUCAUGACGACAAUUCUCCAAGCCGUCCACUCAACAAAGAACAAAGUAAGUCCCUCUGCUGAUCACAUAAAGCUGAGGUCUAUCACUGAGGGUCUCGUAGAAAAUGCAUAUGAAGCUGCCGGCAUGCUAGCAAAGACAGCUAACUAUUUGCACUAUCUGUCAGAUUACCAGAACAGUCUCUUGGAAGAGACUUCUAAAGUUCCAGGUCAUCAAAGACUCACAGAGGUUCUGGAGGAGCUUAAACUCAUUGGACAUUUCAUGUUUCAGCUCUCAUCCCAUCAGGCAGAACUUUCUGGAAGGGUCAUGGCAGCAUCCGUGGUCGUUAGCCGAUAUGUAUGGAUGGCCAACACCAACUGCCCAGAUUCACUGAAACAAACGAUCCUUGAUCUACCAUUUGUUGUUGAUUAUACAGAUGGAGAAAAUGGAGCAUCCACCUCAGAUGCAACAUGUGCACAGAAAAUGUAAAAAUUGUUUAGAAAAUUGUGUAUAUAUUGUUGCUAUUAAAGUAAUUACUACUAUAUUUAAAAUACACAGUAUAGCAAAAAGUAUUUAGUCUAUAUUAAUAUAAGUCCCAGUUAAAUGCAAUGGAUUGGCGUCCUGACCUGCGCUUAGUGUAAUUUUCCAGCCUUAGUUGCAGUAGUUUGAACAUUUGUUUGCAAAACAUUAGUUUUGGUAUGUCAGUGUUAUCAGUAUAAAUGUUAUUUGAACUCGAAUUUAUCACUUUUGUACAAUUAACCCAAGUUUAACCCAGUUUUUGGCUUUAUGAGUUCCUGAAA